AUGGUGAAAAUUUCAGUUGGUGGGUAUGAUGAUGGAGAAGGACCCAGCAACCGCAACCAGAAGCGACGAAGGGAAGAGGAGGAGGAAGAAGAAGACCGAAACUCGCAACGAAGCUUUGAAAUUGUAGACCGUUCAAUUGAACUUCAAAAGCGUGAAGAUCGUCCUCCUCCACCCCUUCGUGCUAACGCAAAUGGGUCUGCAAGCAAUGGCACCAGAGUUAGGUCCAUUCCAAUCUUCGUUUCAGAUCCUGAUGUCCUCGAUUGCUGCAUUUGCUAUGAACCCUUGAGUGCCCCUGUCUUCCAGUGUGAGAAUGGACAUAUUGCUUGCUCUAAUUGCUGUGUCAGACUCAAGAACAAGUGUCCCAUGUGUUUAAUGCCUAUUGGGUAUAACCGUUGUCGGGCUAUUGAGAAGGUGUUGGACUCUAUUAAGAUGUCAUGCCCGAAUGCAAAUUAUGGCUGCACAGAGACAUUUUGUUACAGCAAAAAAAACGACCAUGAGAAAGAAUGCAUCUAUCUACCAUGUUUAUGCCCACAUACUGGUUGCGAUUUUGUUGCCUCGUCCAAGGAGUUAUUCCUCCACUUCAGGCACAGACAUACAGACUCUGGAACACAGUUUACAUAUGAUAAAUUUUUCACAGUCAUCUUCAGUGCUGAUCAAAAAACAAUUGUUCUUCAAGAGAAAAAUGAUGGUAAUCUGUUUAUUGUUCACAAUAACCACGAGAAUUUGGGACAUAGAGUCCGCAUUAGUUGCAUUGGCCCCAGGUCCAUGGCAGAGUUUCAGUAUGAAGUUUUGGCUAGGUUUCGAGGAAGCACUCUAAUAUUGCAAUCUUUUUCCAAGAUCAUUCAAGGCCAUUAUGCUGAUGCUCCUUCAAAUGCGUUCCUUUUGAUUCCUUCUGGUUUUUUUGGCCCUCUACAACUGAAACUGGAUAUUCGCAUUAAGUCACAUUAA